AUGCUUGGUGAUUCUUUUUACGAAGCAGAUGAUGAGUUUAAUCCUUUUGCAGAUGCCGUUUCACCUUUAAAUCCGCAAUCUGCCGAUGUGCAGACGCCUACUGAACCAACGCAUGAAAUUUCUUUAAAUACCCACGAUGCGAAUUCAAAAAUUCGGGAAGUUUCUUCUCCGGGAAAGUCAUUCAAUGUAAAAUCUCUUCCGUUAGAAACCCUCACGUUAGAUUCAGCUCCCCUAGGGCCAUUAGACCAUUCUACUUCUUCCACUGUAAAUUUUGAAAACAAUCCUGUAGGAUCGAGUGUUCACGAAUCUCCAACAGUUCCUGCCGAAUUAUCUUUUUCACCAAAUAUUCCUCAUGGCGUGCAUGCUGUUUCUCAUGGGUUGCGUAUUUCUGAAGUCAACCCUUACUCUUCAGAACCUUUGAGCGCCGCCCAAGAAGAAUCAAGACAGAAAGAAAAUCUCGAUACCACUCCUGAUAUGGGGCUCACUGAUGCUGCACCUCAUUCUUCUGAUCCCUCCCUUGCCCCUGCUAUGUCCCAGAAACACAAAGACAGCCAGGUUGUGGCGGAGCUAGAGGUGCCUGCUGUCCCACCUUUGAAUAUUCAAGUACAUGAUCCUCACACUGUAAGUGAGCUUGCAAAGUCUCACACAGUCUAUAUGGUGAGUUCACAAAUGGAUAGUGGUUCUGCCCAAGCCACCGAAAUUACUGUCCAAAGACGGUAUAGAGAUUUUGACUGUCUCUAUCAACUUUUGUCUAAUAAUUAUCCUGGCUGCAUAAUUCCUCCUCCGCCCGAAAAGCAAGUGGUUGGUCGAUUGGAUGACGAUGUAGUCGAACAUCGCCGAGCUGCUUUAGAGGUCAUGCUGCGCAAAAUCUCUUCUCACCCUCUUUUAAGAAAUGAUUCAUUUUUCGAAAGUUUCUUGCAAGUUGAUUACUUUGACACAAAGCUUACAAACUACGUUACUCCCAUUGAUGCUGCUUCUUCUUCCACUAAUUCUGGCUCAUCUGGUCUACUUGACUCUUUUACAUCCGCUUUUCAAACGUCUUCUUCAUCUAAAUAUGUUGAACAAGAUCCCUGGCUUGCCGAAACGAAACUGUCGUUAGACACUCUUGAAAUUCAGCUAAGAUCCAUGUACCAUGCUAUAUUGGUUUGUAUAGAUCAACGCUUGCAAUUUUUAUCUUCGAUACAUGAUUUUGGAGAAUCUUUAGCAAACCUGUCCUUGGUUGACCUUGAUUCUUCUCUUUCCUCCCAGCUUGACAGUCUAUCUCAGAUACAGAUAGAGCUUCAGUUUUCUCAAGAAAGAAAGGUAGCUCAGGAUAACUUGACUCUGGGUGUAACUAUUGAAGAAUACAUCCGUAAUAUAGAAAGUGCUAAAAAUGCGUACACUAGUCGACAAAAGCUAUGGCAAGUUUGGCAAUCUUCUUUACAAUCACUUUCUCGUCUCGAUGCCCAACUAGAUAAGAGUCGGAAACAAUCAAAAUUUAAUCAAAAGUCUCUUCCUUACCUAGAGGGUCAAGUUGAUAAGUACCGAGCCAAAUCUUCUCAACUAGAGCAGCAGUUUGAGAAGUCAACUGCUUUACUAAAACACGAUUUGAAGCAAUUUUCUAACAAUAGAGUCGACGAUUUGAAAGCUAGUGUUGAAACAUGGCUGGAGUCAGCGAUUGAAUCGCAAAAAGAGUUAAUUGACAGAUGGGAAUCGUUUCUAGAAUAA